GACGAUCUCCGCAAACUGCUGGAAAUCUUGAGAAGACUGAUGCUGACUUGCAUUGACACGUUUCAAGUUCUCCUGCGUCGAAAAAUUUAAGUUUUCAUGGAUUAUAGACCAUUUAUCUAUGGAGGGUUGGCCUCCAUGACUGCUGAAUUUGGAACAUUUCCUAUUGACACAACAAAAACACGGCUACAGCUUCAGGGUCAAGUGAUAGAUGCUAAACAGAAAGAGAUUAGAUAUAGAGGAAUGCUCCAUGCUUUUGUUAGAAUUUCCAGAGAAGAUGGGGUCAAGGCAUUGUAUAAUGGGGUAGCACCAGCACUUUUGCGUCAAGCAACCUAUGGAUCUCUAAAAUUAGGCUUUUACCAUGCUCUGAAGAGGAGGCUGGUAAAAAACCCAAAAGACGAAACUUUAUUUUACAAUGUAAUGGCAGGGGUUGUUGCUGGAGCAUUCUCAUCAGCUAUUUGUAAUCCUACUGAUCUUUUAAAGAUUCGUAUGCAGGCAGAGUAUCAAUCAGGGGUUAAUGUCAGAAGAAAAGGAAUGCUUCGAUCUUUUGCUUCAAUAUUUAAAGAAGAGGGAAUCAGGGGACUCUAUCGGGGAGUUGGUCCCACAGCUCAAAGAGCAGCAGUUAUUUCAGGAGUUGAACUUCCAGUCUAUGAUUGGUGUAAAAAGAAAAUUUUGGAUCUUAAGAUUAUGGGUGACAACCCUUACACUCAUUUUUGUGCAAGUGGAGUUGCUGGACUAGCAGGUGCUUUAGCCUCAAAUCCAAUAGAUGUUGUUAGGACGAGAAUGAUGAAUCAAAGGAAUCUGAAGGUAAACACUGGAAGUGUAACUGUCAUUUACACAAGUGCUGCCCACUGUUUGCUCACUACUUUGAAGUCUGAAGGUUUUUUUGCCCUCUAUCGUGGGUUUGUACCUCAGUUUCUGAGACUAUUUCCAUGGAAUGUUAUUUUCUUUAUGUCGUAUGAGCAGUACAAGAAGUAUGGAGAUGAAGUAUUAUCAUAAUAGCAAGUUAAUGGUUUGCUCUAGUUUUACAUAAAUGCUGACAUCUAGUGAGGUCGUGUGGAGCAUUUCUACAACUUAAAAAGCAACCUAAAUUUCAUGCUGUUGUUUAUCAUCAUCAGAUAGUAGUGGAGAUGCAAUAGCAAACAAAGAAAAAAGCCAAAGAGAAUAAAUAAAUGAAAAAAAAAAUUAAUAAUUGUGCAAAUCCACAUAUUAUGACAUUAGAUCAGUUGUGACCUAUGACCAGUAUUGGACUAGUUUCAUGAGUGAUUCAUGACAUGAUUGAUAAGAGCCUUAUGAGAAGAAUCCACACAUAACAGCAAUUGAGAAUAGUAUUAUUUAUUUUUAUUUCCAUGAAAAUAAUCAAAUUAUUUCAUUCAAUUCAAAAAUUGUUCUCAUUCAAUUAUGCCUGGUGAUUUAUGCCAGAAAGCUUUAGUUCAGAUUGCACUGCACUUCAUAGUGGGAUGUGUUUGGUAUAUGUUGCAACUCCCCUUUCGUUCUAAGCUUAAUAAUAUACAUGAAAAAAUUUCUCAAUUCUGAUUGGUUAAGAUGAAUGCAGUUUUCAUUUAAUUCAGUGCAGG